GCCAGCCGGUCGCUGGGACCCACAGGAUGCUUUUCUCUGGUGGGCAGUGUGGCCAUGUUGGCAGACAUGAAGAAGUUUUACUGAUAUACAAGAUAUUGCUUGUCACCAUUUGUUUUCAUGUUAAUCUCUCUACAUCCCCGAAAGGAAAUGCUGGUAAUUCCAGUUUGCCAUCACCAUCUGAUGCUGCUUCAGAAGUAUUGUUGACUUUAAACAAAACAAAAAAAGCUAAAAUUAUUAUAGUAAAAACCUUCAAUGCAUCAGGAGUCAAAUCCCAGAGAAAUAUCUGCAAUCUGACAUCUAUUUGCAAUGACUCAGUGUUUUUUAGAGGUGAGAUAGUGUUUCAAUAUGAUGACGACCACAAUGUUACCCAGAAUCAAGAUACAGUUAAUGGCACCUUCACUGGAGUCCUGUCUCUAAGUGAACUGAAGCGAUCAGAGCUCAACAAAACUCUACAGAUGUCAAGUGAGGCUUACUUUAUAGUAUGUGCUACAGCAGAGGCCCAAAACACAUUAAACUGUACAUUCACAAUAAAACUGAAUAAGACAAUGAAUGUGUGUGCCAUGAUGGUUACUUUCAAAAGUGUACAGAUUCGGCCAAUGGAACAGUGCUGCUGUUCUCUCAGAACUCCCUGCCCUUCCUCACCAGAAGAGUUAGAAAAACUUCAGUGUGAUCUGCAGGAUCCCAUUGUCUGUCUUGCUGAUCAACCACAUAGCCCACCAUUAUCUUCUUCUGGAAAGCUUGUGCCACUUGUACCUCAGGCCACCAGUUUUUCCCACAUCGCUAAUGACUCCUCUUUGGUUGAACUCCUUAAUCAUAUCCAUAUGACUUCAAGCACACCUUCUCUGGCACAAGAGAGUCAUAUUCCGUCUCCCAAGCCUGCAGCCCCCCUGGCUCCCAGUCCUGCCAUUGACUUGACUGUUCAACCUGUGGCAGCCUCUUCUGCUCUGCCCCAAACUGAUCUUUCUCACACCUUGCCACCUGUACAGCCCUCCGUUCCCUCUCCUACCACACCAGCCCUAUCUGUCACGGAAGAAGUGGUCACCAUCAGCAUACCUCCUGGUGAGACAGUUGUCAACACUAGCAGUGUUCCUGAUCUGGAAGCCCAAGUAUCACAAAUGGAGAAAGUGUUGUCAUUGGGCAGCUUAGAGCCCAACCUUGCAAGCGAAAUGGUACACCGAGUCAGCAAACUCCUGCACUCUCCACCCACCUUGCUAGCCCCUCUAGCUCAAAGGUUGCUAAAAGUGGUAGAUGACAUUGGCUUACAGCUGAAAUUUUCAGGUGCAACUAUCAGUCUAACCUCCCCUUCUUUGGCUCUUGCCGUGAUCAGAGUGAAUGCCAGUAAUUUCAGUACAACGACCUUUGCAGCCCAAGAUUCUGCGCAUCUUCAGGUUUCUCUGGAAACCCAGGCUCCUGGGAAUAGUAUUGGUGCCAUCACUCUGCCUUCGUCGCUGAUGAGUAAUUUGCCAGCUAGUGAGGCAGAGCUGGCUUCCAGGGUUCAGUUCAAUUUCUUUAAAACACCUGCCCUGUUUCAGGACUCCUCCCUGGAGAACCUCUCCCUGAUCAGCUAUGUCAUAUCAUCAAAUGUUGCAAAUAUAACCAUCAAGAACUUGACAAGGAACGUGACAGUCACACUGAAACACAUCAACCCAAGUCAGGAUGACUUAACUGUGAAAUGUGUAUUCUGGGACUUGGGCAGAAAUGGUGGCAGAGGAGGUUGGUCAUCGGAUGGCUGCUCCAUCAAAGACAGGAGGAUGAAUGAAACCAUCUGUACCUGUAGCCACCUUACCAGUUUUGGCAUCCUAUUGGACCUAUCUCGGACAUCUUUACCACCAAGUCAAAUGAUGGCUCUGACAUUUAUCACAUAUAUUGGCUGUGGGCUUUCAUCAAUUUUUCUGUCUGUUACUCUUGUAACCUACAUAGCCUUUGAAAAGAUCCGGAGGGAUUACCCUUCCAAAAUCCUCAUCCAGCUGUGUGCUGCUUUGCUCCUGCUCAACCUGGUCUUCCUCUUAGAUUCCUGGAUUGCUCUGUAUAAUACCCGAGGUUUCUGCAUCUCCGUGGCUGUAUUUCUUCACUAUUUUCUCUUGGUCUCAUUCACAUGGAUGGGCUUAGAAGCAUUCCACAUGUACCUAGCACUUGUCAAGGUGUUUAAUACUUACAUCCGAAAGUACAUCCUUAAAUUCUGCAUUGUUGGCUGGGGGAUACCAGCUGUGGUUGUGACCAUCGUCCUGACUAUAUCCCCAGAUAAUUAUGGGAUUGGAUCUUAUGGGAAAUUCCCCAACGGCACACCAGAUGACUUCUGCUGGAUCAACAGCAAUGCAGUGUUCUAUAUCACAGUCGUGGGCUAUUUCUGUGUGAUAUUUCUACUGAACGUCAGCAUGUUCAUCGUCGUCUUGGUUCAGCUCUGUCGAAUUAAAAAGAAGAAGCAACUGGGAGCCCAGCGCAAAACUAGUAUUCAAGACCUCAGGAGUAUUGCUGGCCUCACGUUUUUACUGGGAAUUACUUGGGGCUUUGCCUUCUUUGCAUGGGGACCAGUGAAUGUCACCUUCAUGUAUCUCUUUGCUAUCUUUAACACCUUACAAGGGUUUUUCAUAUUCAUCUUUUAUGGUGCAGCCAAAGAGAAUGUCAGAAAACAGUGGAGGCGGUAUCUUUGUUGUGGAAAAUUACGGCUGGCUGAAAAUUCUGACUGGAGUAAAACUGCUACUAAUGGUUUAAAGAAGCAGACUGUAAACCAAGGAGUAUCCAGCUCUUCAAAUUCCUUACAGUCAAGCUGUAAUUCCACUAACUCCACCACACUACUAGUGAAUAAUGAUUGCUCAGUGCACGCAAGCGGGAAUGGCAAUGCAUCUACAGAGAGGAAUGGGGUUUCUUUCAGUGUUCAGAAUGGAGACGUGUGCCUUCAUGAUCUCACUGGGAAACAGCACAUGUUCAGUGACAAAGAAGAUUCCUGCAAUGGUAAAAGCCGGAUGGCACUUAGAAGGACUUCAAAGCGGGGAAGCUUACAUUUUAUUGAGCAAAUGUGAUUCUCUUCUUCUAAAAUCAAAGCAUGAUGGUGAUGGUGUGAAACAUCCAGCUUUCCUUUUACACAAUGUGAGAUGUAUGAAAAUCAGCUUGUUUUCUACUCAGCAACCUCUAAAGGAACAUAAGCUAAUUGAGGGCAUUGGUUAUUAUUGGAAGAAGAAACCGUGAUGUAAUCAUGGUCUCUAGACAUUUGCCAGCUUGGUUUCUUAUCUUUUAUUUGAAAGAAGAUUGGUGUUAAAAACCACAGAAUAAGAUCUAGGAAAAGAAAAAUGAGAGUUCAUUUCCAGUCACAUUUUAAAGAGGCUGUUAUCCUUGAUAACGUCCUGGGGGUGGAUGGGUGUUUACUUCAGUUUGUUGGUGAGUUUAGUUGUGCAUGCCUUUGUUGUAUAUAAGCUAAAUUCUAGUGACCCAUGUGUCAAAAAUCUUAUCUCUACCUUUUUUAUAUUUAUUUUCUACUGUGUAAAUUUAUUCUUUUUGUAGAAUCAUGGUUGUGUCAUUUUGUCUAAUGUGAUAACUUACCAGUGAAUUCUAAACCUCCUUUUGGAGAUCAUAUAGGAUGUGAAAUUCAGAAACUUCGCUGAAAUCAAAAAAUAGUA